AAAAGAAACCAAUUUACAUAUUUGUCGUUUCCGAGUGCGAAGCUGCGUGAAAAUCUUCAAUCUGACGAGAGAGAAGAAGAAGCGAUGUUCCUGGUGGAUUGGUUCUAUGGAGUUCUGGCAACUCUGGGAUUAUGGCAGAAAGAAGCGAAGAUUCUGUUUCUAGGUCUCGACAACGCCGGCAAAACCACCUUGCUUCACAUGUUAAAGGACGAGAGACUGGUCCAGCAUCAGCCGACACAGCAUCCGACAUCUGAAGAACUAAGUAUCGGCAAAAUCAAGUUCAAAGCUUUCGAUUUGGGAGGUCAUCAGAUUGCUCGUAGAGUCUGGAAGGACUACUAUGCUAAGGUUGAUGCAGUGGUAUACCUAGUGGAUGCAUAUGACAAAGAGAGGUUUGCAGAAUCAAAGAAAGAGCUUGACGCUCUUCUCUCUGAUGAAUCCCUAGCAACUGUCCCUUUCCUCGUUCUUGGAAACAAAAUCGACAUUCCUUACGCCGCAUCAGAAGACGAGUUGCGUUAUCAUCUAGGCCUCACCAAUUUCACCACUGGGAAAGGUAAAGUGAAUUUAGCUGGAACAAAUGUUCGUCCCCUUGAGGUGUUCAUGUGCAGCAUUGUCAGAAAGAUGGGUUACGGCGAAGGAUUUAAAUGGGUUUCUCAAUAUAUCGACUAGAUCAAUUAUAAGUCUUAUCUAUCUAUACAAUGUGAUUGGUAUCUAUCUACUUGUUAUGAUAUCUAUAUGUAUGAUUACGAUUCAAAUGAAAUAUGUGAAUGUGUGUAUACAGCAAGAUUUCUAUUUUUGACGCCUUUUAGAUUAUAGAUUUAGUGUAUACAGACCAAACUUGAAUCCUA